CGGCAGAAGGGGGCGAUGUUUCCCUCUUUACUUUUCCUUUCCCAUUCCUAGAUAGGACCUCCUUCCCAAAUGUAACAGCAGUGUGUGGAGAGUUCUGAGAGGAGGAGUGUGUAUGGGUUUCCGUGUGUUUGUUUGAGUCUAGCGGCUCAUUGGGGGGAGCUGAGUGUAUGUGAUUGUAUGUGUUUGUAUGUGCAAUAACCCUGCGCCAUGGUGCUGAUGAUCGAGCAGACAGAUCGGAUUUUCACACCGCUGUCAUCUCCUGAAGGAGGAAAAACCAGCAGGAUCGACAAGAAAGACCUGCGAAUACAAACUAACUCAGAAGCUGAAAAUGUAGAGGAGAAGCUCUACACAGAGUCCGAUCUGUCUGAGAGCAGGAGGAAGUCUCCUAUCCUGAGGAUUAAACUGCCUGAUCAACCCUCACUCACACUCAGUCCAACAGACUCUGAGUCAAAACUAGAGAGGAAGAAAACACAGUACAGCCAGUUCUCCAAAGCAAACGCACAGUAUCAUAAGCUCUUCAAAGAAUUAAGCAAUGAUGAGAUCCUCAAACAAAGUUAUACUUGUGCUCUCCAGAAGGACAUACUUUAUCAGGGAAGGCUUUUUGUCUCGGAUAACUGGAUUUGUUUCCAUUCCAAAGUGUUUGGCAGAGACACCAAGAUCGCUAUCCCAGUUCUCUCUAUCACCCUUAUAAAGAAGACAAAAACUGCCCUUUUGGUGCCAAAUGCACUUGUUAUCACAACUACAACUGAAAGGCAUCUGUUUGUGUCGUUCCUGUCUCGGGACACUACAUACAAGUUCCUGCUGUCAGUCUGCAUUCAUUUACGUGUAGAGAAUGCAGGCAGCACCCCGGUCACAUCAUCAGCAGAGAACAGCUUCAGAGCGGACUGCCCUUCGUCACUUCCUCUGGUUAGUGUUGAUUUGCCUGUGGUUUCUUCAUUUCCAUCCCACAAGAAGGAUUUCUCAGCUGAUUUUUCAGAUCUUGACGGAGUAGUGCGUCAGAGAAGGCAGGAAAUGCUGGACAGUAGCAGUUCAGGCUCCCAGACCCCAGAUUAUGAAAAGAUGACUGAGUUCCCCCCCCUCGCUGAAAACUUCCUGGACGUGAUGAAGAGCGGAGAGAUGGCCGUCCACGCUGACAUUCACCUGCAGACCACCAGCACAAAGCAACACAAUGGUCCAGUUAAGGCUGUAAACGGUCCCAACCAGCAGGAGAAGUUUCUCUAUCCAUUGUCUCUGAACAGUCUUCUACUCGUCUAUUUAUUCUUGGUGUGUGUUCUCGUCUUGUCUUCGUGUUACAUGGCUUUUAAGAUCCUGGCUCUCGAGCAGCGGCUGAAUUCGCUGGGCUCAUUGGGAGACUAUUCACACGAGAACGCGCUUUAUCAUCGAUCUCAAGUAGCGGCCAGCGCAGAGAUCUAUGGCGAGCUGUCCACAAACCUGUUCAAGUUAGAAAAGAUUCAGAAGAACCUGCGAAAGCUGCUUGAAGGGAGCUGAGUGUCCUGGCGGAAGGACAAAAAAAACGCUUCAAAGACUCAACGAACAAGAGGAACCGUAACUGUGCAAUAGCUACACAGCCUUUUUCUCUCUACUUGGGAGUGCACACAGUUUUUUGUUUUUUUUUACCUGAAUCAUGGCAUUUCAUCCAAGGACGAUGGAGAGAGAAAAAGCUUUAUAUUUUAGUACUGUAGAAUUUAAAAGCUUCAAGCUAGUGAGAAUAAAUGAGUCCCAAGGACUCGGGGUUUUGUAUGUUUAACUUUUCAGAAAUAAAACCAGAUUACUAAAAAUGUAGCUUUGUGACGAUUUGUUACAAUUUAGAAUGGUCAAUAAAAUAUUUAUAGUUUCUGUCAGUGUG